AUGCGCGUGUCGGCCUCACGUCGCGAGCGCUGCCGCAUCAACCAGGCCAGGUACAGGAAGCGACAGCGCAAACACGCCGAGGACCUGGACAACAGCAUCCAGGAGCUAAAGGAGGAGACCCAGAAGCUCGAAACCAAGCGCCAGACCAUCCUGCGCUGCGCCCCCACGAACGAGAGCGUGUGGAUGGUAGCCACCGAAUACUUCCGCCUCUUCCGCCAGGGCUACAUGGCGCCCAUGAAGGUGCCCGACAUGUUCUCGUCCUCGUGCAUUAGCGGCACGAACGACAGCCACGACAUGAGCCGCCUUAAGCAGGCCCACGCCCAGCUGGACUUCUUCCGAGCCACCAUGACCCCGGACGUGACGGACGGCCCCGUGUGCGGCCCGGACGCCAUCCUCAAGCACUGGAAACUGCUGUCCCUGUACCACGGCGACGUGCAGGUGCAGCUCAAGCGGCUGCAGCAAGAUGGCGACAGUGGCUCCGUGGUGGCCACUACGAAGGUCAGUCUCACCAUUACCGAGAACUCGCUGCGCUACAUCUACCCGCACCUGUCGAAGGCCGAUGCGGAGGGUGGCAGCGAGUCGCUGGCCAAGAAGAUGUUGAACGAGCGGCUGGUCAUGUGUGGAUCCGUCCGUUUUGACUGGGACGACCGCAGCGGCCGCGUCGUGAGACUGGAGACCAAGAUCGACAUGAUGUCGGCGAUGCUCAAGCUGCUGGGCAACUUGGAGGACAUGGCGCGCGUCUUUGAGAAGGCGGCGAUCACCCCCGAGGGGCGAUUUAUUGACCGCUCGGCUACCUCGUCGGCUUCUACGACCAGUUUCUCACUGCAGCCCCGACGAGAGUGGUAA